AUGGGCCCGCACUGGAAAAAUCUGUCGGACUGCGGAGCACAAGGGCAUCUACCAGGCUGCAGCUGGACGACCACCUUCAGCUCCGGUGUCACGGAUGCCCGAUGGAAGAUUGCGACGUUUCGACACCCACUGGACCGCUUCGUUGCAUCUGUGAACGAGCACUUUGCCCUUCCAAGUUGUGAUGGUGUCCCCUGCGACGGCGUGGUGCAGCAGGCGCAGCACCAAGCCGAACGGCUCUUAAGGGACUUCCCUGGCCAGUGGAGGAGCUGCGAGCACGCAACGCAGAGCUACUUCCUCUCUGCCACGGACAUGCUUGGCAAUCCCAUUGCCUGGGACUUCCUUCUGGAAGUGGACAACUUCAACCGCGACCUGCAGGAGCUGAGCCGGCUAACGCAGAUCGACAUUCAGGAGAAGGAAGAAAAGAACUCCAGUGGCGACAGUAAACUGAAGCAGCUGUACUUCGAUGCCAUCUUUGCCGACACGAAGACGAUCUGCGCUGUCUGCAAGGUCUACGCGCAAGACUUUACCUGCUUGGGAUACGAGUUCCCAGAGCGAUGCAGCAAUGAGAACUGCAAUAGCUUUGGAAUCUACUUUCCAUGA